AUGGACCAGGGAGAAGGAAUGUGUAUGGUAUGUGGUGACCGCUCAGCUGGUAAGCAUUAUGGUGUAAUGGCAUGUUACGGAUGCAAAGGAUUUUUUCGGCGAACAAUUCGUUCUGGACAGUCAUAUACUUGUCGCUUUCUUCAGAAAUGCUCCAUUGAUAAAGAUCAGCGAAAUGCAUGCCGAUUUUGUCGAUUUCAGCGAUGUCUUGAAGUUGGCAUGGAACCUGAUGCUAUUCGCCCAGAUCGAGAUAUCAUUGGAAAACAAAAAAAUCCACGGCGGAAAAAGUUACAACGUGAAGAUAGUUUGUUGCCUUCUCCAGGAGCUGAUUCUCACUGUUCACAACAAGAAGAUGCUUUACUAACCUAUCUCCUUGACACAGAAAUUCAAGCAAUGAGCGCUAUGAAACGACUCUCCAUGACGCCUAUUGGAAUUGCCAGAGUUAAAGUUGAUCCAGAUUUGGAAUUGAUGGGAAUAUUCCAAAAUAAAGGCAUCUUAGAUAACGAUCGUUUUGAUAUAUGCUAUGAAGCGGGUAGAACAGCAACCGUAGAUCAGUUAUCACAGGCGGUGAGACGUUACAUCAGUGCCGCGAUUGAUUGGAUUGAUGCGCUAUUUUCACUCGUUAAUCUUAGUGAUUGCAAUGAAAAGGUUUUUGUGCUAAAAAGUUCGUUCGCUGCGUUCUGCGCAUUCAGCCAAGCUGCAAGGACAGCUCAAACAACAUCCAAUCCAGAUUUGCUGUGCUUGUGUAACAGAACAGUAAUUCCACGCCAAACACCAAGACAUUUACUUGAAAACAACUUUCUUUCGAACAGUAUGACUUCACGAAUAUUGGAUGAAUUAACACAGCCAAUAAGGAAGUUGCUACUUAAUGAACCUGAAAUUGUUGCACUCACUGCGCUUGUUGUGCUUGAUGCAGAUGCUCCAGGUUUAAGUUCAGAAACAUCUCAAGUCUUAGGUGCGUUGCGCGAUCGCGUUCAACAUGCGUUAUUCCAGAUGAUACGUGAUCGUGUGGGCUCCUCUGAACAGCCCAUUUCCGCUGCUAUCUCACGUUUCGGGAACAUUCUUCUGUUGCUGCCGCCAUUAGCGAAAAUUUCCUCUAUUUUGUGCGAGAAUGUGCAGUUUGCUCGAAUGUUUGGUUGUCAAACAAUAGAUCCGUUGCUAAUCGAAAUUUUUGUGGACUCACCUGCCGAAGUGAUCCCAUCUCCAACUGCUAGAGAGCGCACCGACGUUGCUACUCAAACGUUCUUUGAACCAUCAUCUCAGCAGCAGCAGUCGUCAUCUACUAAUGUGGACAACUUAAACUCAGUUCAUCUCACUCCCCCAGGGACUGGGAACUUAUCAACUUUAGUGUCGUUACCGAUUUCCAGUGCUGAUUCUGUGAUGCGUGUGAAUGCGCAGCAGCAACAGCAAGUGAUGGCUGGAAACGGAACAUCUUCCACUCCUCAUCAGUCUCAACGACAGCGUGUAACACCAAUUAUUGUACCGCCUGGAUCCAAUACCUCAUAUAAUUUUUACUUCCCUUACUCAGGACAAUUCUCAGUAUCGGGUGCUUAUCCAAAUCAUGCGCAACAGCCACCAUCUGCUUCAGCUACUGGUACCUAUGUUUCGCAAGCAGGAAUUUUUGACUCAGGGCAAUCUGGCAGUUCUGUAGAUGCUACCAAUACUUUUCGUUACCUUUGA